UUGUUUUAAAAAGAAAUCAAUUAAUUUCUGUUAUACAAUAAUUAAACUAAUACAUUUCGGAAACGGUGUGACGGAUGAAAGUAGCGUGAAAUGUAAAUUCCCAAAUCUGAUAUAAUAAUAUCAAUCGUUAUGCUUUCUACCAAAUAAUUUUAUUUCCAGGAAAUUUUUCCCCCCGAGAUAGUUACGAUGUUCAACAAAAUUAAUGUUACUUGUUCUCCUUAUAAAUUUUGAGCAUCGCGGUAUCAUGCUUUCCCUUAUUGAAACGUUACAAAAAGAAACUGUUGCAGUUCAUGCAUAUUACGAAUCAAUUUCUCAAAAACGAUACAAAGAAAUUAAUUUACCGAAGUAGAAACAGGAAUAUCUAACAUGGCCUUUUAUUCUUCCAAAUAAAUCGCGUUAUCUCUAAAGUAAGUAAACUUUUAAAACAACGAUUAAUCACAAACCCUAUGGUAGUUCUUUCUAAGAUAUCAAUUUUUUCUACAUAUGCAGAACAAGAAUAUGGAAUAUGCUGCAGUAUAUAUUCGAGGAAAUAGUGCGCAUACUUGUAUAAACUAUCUAAUGACGAGGUUCGUAAAUAACAGUUGAUUUUUUCACAUGAAAGUACAAUUAUUAUUAUAUCAGAUUUUAUUAAAAAGAUACAACAAUAUCUUAAUAGUUCCUUUGUUUUUGCAGAUUCUAAGUUCUGCGGUGUCAUAUUUUACGUUAUUAAGAAAUCACGCAGGCGAUGCAUAACUACUACGAUAUAACAGUGUCCGAUAUACAGAAAAUAUAUGCGGGAGAAUUUAAUUUCAGACAAUAGUUACAUAUGUUUUUGUUAAAACAGAAAAUAAAAUUAAAGAGAUAUUUCAUUACCAAAUAAAUCUAAGUAUGUAUUGUACAGUGUACAUUAUUGUACAUAUUGUAGUUAAUAACGUUUCGUAUUGUAAUCGUCCGAAAUUGAGGUAAGUAUUUUGUAUUACAUACAAGACUUCGCGCAACCUUACACACAAAUUACACAACUGUAUACCUCAUAGGUAACACAAAGGAAAAAAACAAUUUUUCAUAAUAACCACAGUGCAAUAACAUCAAAUAAUUCCGAUUUCACCAUUUUCAUUCUUCUUUUUUUUGUAGCAAUAAAACACAAAAACAAAGCAUUUUCCAUUUUACCAUUAAUUUCAUAAAAAGCAAACGACGUCUAGCGUCUAGCUAUAUAACACCUCGCUUGCACCUUUAGUCCAGGAAAUAAUGAUCCAUAAUACGCGCCGGCACCAUAAAUAACGCAACAGACGUCAAUCAAAUACAUGGUGAACCUGUUAUUUUCUUUUUCUUUUUUUUACGUUUCGGGUUAUUCGUAACACUUCCCUGACAAAUAGAUUAAAAACGAAGAAAAAGAAGAGAGAAUAAACAAACAGCAAGAAAUUAAAAACGUGAAGCAACUAUAGUUACAGAGUUUCAUAUGAUACGUAAGUGAUAGCUUUACACGGUUGACGAUCAAACGGAACGAACAUGCAAACGGAACAAGAGUUGGACAUAUCGAUGAGAUUGUCGGCUUUCUUCUUAAAGCACAUUGGCCUAUGGAUAGCUAAUGAUCCCGCGGAUGAACGCCGGAUGAAAAUUAUAUUCACCUACACAAUUUGGAAUUUGAUAUUUGGCAUGAUCGUCUUGAGCAGAGAUUUGUAUUUUACUUGGUUCUACAAUGGCGAUACGCUUUAUGCUCUUGCGAAUACUAUGAGUUUGAUACUGUCCUCAGUCAAGGUAUGCGUUAUAGUGAUGCACAAAAAGGAAUUUAUAAACCUCGUCGUGUACAUGGAACAACAUUUUAUGGCUGUUAAAUACGAUAUUCACGAGAAAGAAAUUUUGGAUAAUUGCAGAAAGAUUUGCGCCCUUUUCAUCUCUAGCGUUACCACCAUUGGAAUAUGUGCUAUACUAUCUUAUAUAACCACGCCUUUUAUUGCACAAAUUGGAAACAAUGAAUCCACAAGGGAACUUCCAUUUAAUAUGUGGAUAGGUAUUUUGUCACAAUCUCCUUACUAUGAACUAAUAUUUUUUGCGCAGAUUAUGAGUCUAUCCUAUAUAGGAAUCUGCUACUUCUGCUUCGAUAAUGUUUUCUGCGUCAUGGCCAUACACUUAGGCGGUCAAUUUCGCAUACUUCGAUAUAGAUUUUCAGAACUGUGUAACAUAAAAUAUCAGAUAAGCGAGCAAGAUAAAAUGUCGAUACUGACGAAGCAUGUACACAGAACUUACGAGACAUUUAGGAAGUACGUUCAACAACAUCAAGCACUGAUCAAUUAUUACAAUUCGCUAGAAAACGUGUACACGGUGAUUAUACUUAUACAGGUGCUGGUAUUUAGCGUGUUAAUUUGCCUGUUCGGUUAUCAAGUGUUAUUGGCUAAUACUAACUCUGCAAGACGUUCCAUUUUCGUCUUUCUCCUAAUCGGCGCGUUGUCCUUAUUGUUUAUGUUCACCUAUAGCUGCGAUGAUGUAAUAGAACACAGUGAUAACGUUGCUAUAGGAGCAUAUUCAGCGCUGUGGACAAUUAUGCCAAUGAACAAACAUGGGAAGAUGCUUCGAAACGAUUUGAUAAUGACAAUAGAGCGGUCCAGGCGAGUCUGUUGUUUGACCGCAAAUGGAUUUUUUCCUGUAUCGCUGGAAACUUACACUAAGGUCGGUACAAUACCUAUAAGAAACACAGUACGUUAUGGUCUUCCUCGAUUACCCAACGUCAAUCUUUUCUUCCUCUUUUUUCUUUCUUACAAUUGGUAACGAGAAAUAUACGAGUGUGAAAACGAUCCACGAUGUUUAAAAUACAUGUGAACGUUUUACAGAUUUUGAGUACCGCAAUGUCAUAUUUUACAUUGUUAAGUAACAAUGUAACCAAAAAUGAAACAUAAUUAAUAACAAACAUUUCCGAUUAAUUCAGCGGAUACAAAGCGCUUAGAUUGUCUGGAUGAUUACAGGAAAUCGUACGUAUAGGUUUUUUUAAAAAAGAAGACAAAAAUAAAGAUUAUCUUUUCAUGUACAGAAUCUCAGGCGUACAAUUACUAAAUACCUUGUAAUGUGGUCGUAAAAUUUCAUUCAUUUGCAAAGUAUCCAAAAAUACAAGAAAAAUCAUUUUUCGAUUCAUUUUCUCACAU